AUGAAUUCAAAGUUAAUCUCACUUGGAGUGGCUGCAUUUCUUGCCUUUCUCGUCUGCAGCGAGGCACCAUUCGUCAAAAUGACCAAUGCAGUCUGUGAGUCAUACAACAAAUCGUGGGUCGUUUUCCAUUAUUGUCGCCUAAAGGCCUAUUCGCGAAACAAAACAAGCUUGAAUAUAAAUGCAACCUUCCUGGAGCCAGUUAAUAAUGCAUCUAUCAAAUUAAAGUUGAUGAAGAAGGAGAAUGGCUAUAAACCGUUUCUUAUUGAUGUUACUUUGGACGGCUGCAAAUUUUUGCGAAAACGAAAUCACCCUGCAGUAAAAAUGGUCUGGAAUUUGAUUAAGAAUGUGUCUACAGUGAACCACACGUGUCCAUAUGUGGGCUUGCAAGUGGUAAAAGACUUUCAUCGUAUUGAGUUACCUAUUUUGCUACCAAGUGGAGACUACCUACUUUUAUUGGAUUGGUUUUUCGAUGGUAAGAAGCAGUUCAUUACAAAUGUUUAUUUCAACUUUAACGAGGAUUAA